AUGACUGGAGGAAGGAACAGUACAACCAUUGUGAAGUUCAUUCUCUUGGGAUUCUCUGAAUUUCCAAAGUUCACUAUUGCCCUUUUCUCAGUAUUCCUAGGGAUCUACCUUGUGACUGUGUCCUGGAAUGUGAGCCUCAUUGCCCUCAUCAGGAUGGACUCUCAUCUGCAUACACCCAUGUACUUUUUCCUCAGUAGCCUGUCCUUUUUGGACAUAUGCUAUGUUACCACCAUAGCCCCCAAAAUGCUCUCAGACUUCUUCAAGAAGCAUAAAUUCAUCUCUGUUAUGGGGUGCACCAUGCAGUACUUUUUCUUCUCUAGCCUGGGUCUAACUGAAUGCUGUCUUCUGGCAGCCAUGGCCUAUGAUCGAUAUGCUGCCAUUUGUAACCCUCUGCUUUACACAGCCAUCAUGUCCCCAAACCUCUGUGUGCAAAUGGUGGUAGGAUCUUAUACAACAGGGUUCCUUGGCUCAUUGAUCCAACUGUGUGCUUUGCUUCAGCUCCAUUUCUGUGGACCAAAUGUCAUCAAUCAUUUCUUCUGUGACCUACCCCAACUACUGAUUCUAUCCUGCUCUGACAUCUUUUUCUUUCAAGUUUUGAUCUCUGUGCUCACAGUGAUAUUUGGAUUCAUGUCUGCCUUAGUUAUCACGAUAUCUUAUGGUUAUAUUGUUGGCACCAUUCUGAAAAUCACAUCAGCUGAGGGCAGAUUCAAAGCUUUCAACACUUGUGCCUCUCACCUGACAGCAGUGACUCUCUUCUUUGGCUCAGGUAUCUCUGUUUAUAUGUAUCCUAACUCUGGUGAUUCCCUGAGCCAAAAUAAGUUGGCAUCAGUCUUAUACACAACCAUAAUUCCCAUGCUAAAUCCAUUGAUCUACAGCCUGAGGAACAAGGAAAUCAAAGAUGCCUUAAACAAAUGUAAGACGAGAAUCUUCUCCUGGAAUUACUAA